CAUCGUCGUCGUCGUCGUCGUUGUAGUAGCAGUAGUAGUACCAGUGUGGUUGUGGAACGUGAUGGUGGCGAAAUUCAUGUGGUAGCCCAGUGCGGUGUUGCUGUUGCACCACAUGCUUCUGCAACUGCAGACGUGGCCCCUUCCCGAGCACAAGCACCGCUGUGACUCCACCACCAGCUCCAUUUCCCUCUUCUUCCUCCUUCACCACCACUUCUUUCCCCCACUCCUCCCUCCCCACCUUCCACCCACAAUAUUCCUGACGCCAGAUUCCCCGCCUUCUCAUCUCCUCACACUUCUUUUCCUCUUCGCAUCCCUCCCUGUAUCCGGUUGGUUGGUUGGUUGGCUUUCUGUGUUUUUUUUCCGACUCUUGGUACAGGUUGUGAUGUUGGGUUUAUUGCGUUUCGGAUUCCGUUGUGGGUUUGUGGUAUUAGGUAUUCUUGGCUCCGGGAUGAGGUUUUAAGUGUUCGAGGUUAUUCUAAUUUUUCGUGGCGGUUCGUUUCGGUGUAUUGGCAGCGGUUAUUGAACUCGGUUGCGGGAACUCGGUCUCAUCUCAUCCGAGCUGGGUUCCAAGCACGGAUGCCCCGGAGGUCGUUCCGCUUGCAGAUUGGAACUGUGCGCCCGGUUGUCUCUGCUGGAUUUCUGAAACUUGAAAUUGUCGUUGACGCUUCUAGGUCGGUUCUUCAUCAAGCUGCAACUUUGCCACGGAGGAUUUUAAUUCGCAAUUAGCUGUAGGUCCGGUUGAUGGACCUUUAAUUUUUGAGAAACUCUCGUGGAACUUGCUGGGCGCUCUUUAGCGUGGAAGGAGUUAUUCGAAGGAGGUUAGUGCGUCCAGAAAUCUUUUCGCUGGAAGUGACAGGGGUAGUUUGUGCUGCGGCUGGUUGGAGUUUGUAUCAAGGUUUGGGGCGGGUGGUUAUUCAUGAGACCCGGUUGCGAAUUGGUUUUCAAUUCGGAAAGGAAUGCAAGGGUAGUGGAGUGCUUGUAGUGGAAUGCACAUGGUUGGAAUGGCAACAAAUUUCCCGGGCUUCUCCGACAUUCCUCCAGGUUGCCCCCAGGGCUUUAUGAAUGUGGAAACAGAGUGAUAACAUUUUGCAUCGGCUUUUCUCCCGACAAAUCAGCUCCGGUCGUCCCAAUACACAUAUACAUAGGGUACGAGAGUUGUAUGAGAAUGUCGUGCCGAGCCACACGGUAUAUGAGGUGGAUUGUCCCGAUCAAUGUUGGCGACGGUUCACCAACGACGGACAAUACUUAAUAUGUUUCAGUAAGACAUAUCAUGACUUACUCAUCUACCGGCCUCUGUGGCCCACGUAUUGUUCCACAUUGGAUUCAGCCAACGAUCUGCCAUCGAAGAGCAAAAAGUUUGAAAGUUAUUUCAGCUUGCUCCAUCAAAUCCCUCUUGCAAGAGAUGCCGAUGAGGUCAUUUGCAAGGACUUUUUCUUAUGCACGGAGAACAACUUGUAUGGCAUUUUUGCCACAUCAACUGAUCCAGAUCCCAAUGCCGCAGCUUCAAAUGGCUCCGUGCCAGGAGUGCCCAGUAUUGAAAAGAUAACAUUCCUUGUGGUCCGCUUCGCUGAUGGGGUUAUUACGGGGCGGUCCGUCUUUAAAGAUGACUACAUCCAUUUAGCUCACAAUGCUGGUGUUUUUCUGCACGAGGAUCUGCUGGCUGUAUUGUCAAUACGCUUCCAGUGCAUUCACAUUCUGCAGGUUCGAGAAGGAGGACUCUUCUUAGACGUGCGCAGCAUCGGUGAUUUCUGUCGAGAUGAUGACGAGCUUCUUCUUAAUUCUCAGGCUCAGGCUGAGGCCAAAUUUCAGGAGGAGCAAAGACAACAGUUGAAAGCUCGAGGUCGGGUUCAUGAAACUGAAGUGUUGGUUCCAGUUCCUCAGUCAAUCAAGACCAAUGGGCUUAAACCUUUGAACACUUUAAAUGACAGAAAGCGUCCGCGUAUUCGGGACAGUAGAGCUGCACAUGAUGACUUUGGCACUUCCCGGGGUCAUCCUCAGUUUUUUGGUGAAGGGAGUGUUGCUAUUCAGGAGAUUGACAUUCUCUAUGACGGUUACUUUCGAGGCCUUUUUACUGUUGCAGAUGGACCCAUUGCUGAUGCGGGCAGGAUACACGGAAAUGGUGGUAUGAGGACGCAUUCAAAUGGAGAAUACAACAAUCACGCUCUUGGUAAUCCUCACAUCCGCGGGUUUCGUUCUCAUUUAGGAGCAAACCCGAGCAGACAUUCGAAUAGCAACAAUCAUGUUCGGACGUUUCCGGCAUCCGAAGAGGCUGGUAAUCAUACAAGCUUGGAGUGGCGUCAUCUCGUUUCUGACAGGGAUCACUCGAGCUACGACAUUUCACAUGGUCGCCGAUUUGAAACAGUGGCGCAGAACGGUAGUCGUGAAAAUCUGUCAGGACGUCUGCUUAUUUCAGCGAGGGAUCGUGCUACGUAUGACAACCCAACCAGUCGAUGGAAUGGGAACAACUUGUCUUCUAGCGGAAACUUGUAUAGUAGUGGUGGUAGUGAUUUAGCCAGCCACAGUUAUAAUUCGACCACCGAUCGUGGAUCUUCCGAAGCCACCACCCUUCAUGAGCUAUCCAGCCAUAGAGAAGAGCCAGGUUCUAGCGAAAGACGUUAUCGUCCUGUGCCUAGUUUAUCCACAAGUGGGCGAUCAAUGGCGGCUCCUAACAAUCUUUCGAGGUCGGUGUUUCGUGAUGAUUUCAGCUUAGAUGAUCCCUCCAUGGGACGCUCUAGAUCUAGAUUAGGGGGUGAGGAUCAGGUCACCAACAGUUCUGGGACUUCUCUAGGUAGAGUAGGGCAGACAGGAUCAGGUAAUUUUGGAACUUCUUAUGCUACGAUUGGACAAGACAAUGCGAGGGGAGAUGGGACCCAAACAGGGAAUGCAGCUGCUACAGGGACGGGUGGAAAUGAAGUACAGGAAGGAAGCCAGAUAUUGCGUGGGCUGAAGCAGCGCCUGUUGUCAUUUAUCUUGCAGGGUAUUGUUGACGAUGAGGACAUAUCUCCUGCUGUCAAGUCUCAAAGACUCAAGCGCUUCUAUUUUAAUUUCCAGCAGUAUGUGGACCUGGUGAUGUGGAAGGUUCAGUUCCUAGAUCGAUGCCACUUGCUUGUAAAGUUUGGAAGUGUUAAUGGAGUGGUACUUCGAAACUCUGAAACGUCGCAUCAAAUUGCUUUUUUGGCUGUAUACAACAUGGAAACAACGGAGAUAUUAAGCUUCUAUCAGAAUUCAUCCGAGGAGUUACUACAGUUAGUAGAGCAAUAUUGGGAUCACUUCAGGAUGGUUCCGCAGAACCCUCAGUACAUGAGAUUCAUUUCCAGUUACGCAAAUAAUGGCUUCGCUCGUGAGCAGUUGCGUAAGCAGAAAGCUGCAUGUCUUUCUGGCAAAGCUGGUAGCUAUGCUCAGAGCAUCAAGAGAACUCUGGCCUCCCUGCCCCAUAACUCUCAAUCUCAAAGUCCAUCUGCAUAUUUUGAUCAGUACCUAUUCCACUAUGACGAAAAGUUAAUAUCUUCAACCGAUCGGCAUAAACCAUGCGCAGAACAUCCAAUCAAAUUCGUUUCUAGACGUCGACCGAAUCUACUGAAAUUUAAGAUCAACCCUGGAUUGGAACUUGGUUCUAACGAUGGACACAUCAAGCGAGUCGCUUCUUACUUGUUCCAUCCCAUUUAUCCUUUCGCCAUCUCAGUUCAACAAUCAUUCAUGCAAACCUCCAUUGUGAACUUUCACUUUAGACGUUAACUUUGUAAUGCUGACAGCUUUCGACAUUUAAUGAGUGCACACAUUUUUCAGGAACUACAAUUGCUACCG